AUGGCAUCCAGCAUUUUAUUUGAAGAUCGUUUUGUUAUAAGUAGUGUAGAUAAUUCAAAAUUUGAAAAAGUAAGCAGAAUAAAAGCUAAAAGUACUGGUUAUGAUGCAGAAUUAAUUCUUGAUGUUCAUUCAGAAUUAUUUAAAGUUGAAGAAAAAAAAGCUAUUUAUUUGGCUCUUCAAGAUAAAUUUUUAACGAAAAACGAUGAAAAAAUAUGGGAACAAACUGAAAAUAUUUCAUUAAAUAAUAUUGAAUACAUUAUGAGUGGAAGAAUUUUUAAAUUUGAAGAAUUAUCAUCCGAAAGAAGAACUGUUUAUGCUUCAUUUGGUGGAUUGAUGAUGGCCUUAACUGCUGAUAAACAAUUUAUCGGAGAUUUGGAAAUAGAUAUGAAAAUAUACUUACUCACAAAAAAUGUAGAUAUUGAAAUGACGAGAGAAUAA